GCAAUCCGUAAUGCGGUCAAGUUUGUGAGGUCCUCACCUUCUCGGUUGAGUUACUUCAAAAUGUGUGUUGAGACGGAAAAAAUAGAGUGCAAGGGGUUGGUGGUGAUGGAUGUGCCCACUAGGUGGAACUCCACUUAUUUGAUGCUUGAUGCGGCAUUGAAAUUUCGAAAAGCUUUUGAUAGAAUGGGGGAUGAUCCCGAUUCUUCCUACUUAAUGUACUUUAAGGAAGAUGAAGGAGAUGACAAGAGAAUUGAAGGCAUUGAAGGAAGUGGGAAAGGGAAGGGAAAGUCUAAGACUAAUAAGAGGGUGGGUCCACCUAGUGAUGAAGAUUGGGAAAAAGCCGUGACAUUUGUGAUGUUUUUGAAGACCUAUGAUGUUACUUUGAAAAUUUCAGCUUCUUUGCAUCCAACAUCACACUCAACCUUCCAUGACUUGCUUGCCAUAGAUGGGGAGAUUCGGGAGUUGUAUAGAUAUGAUGUUACAAUUCCUAUUGAAGAACGGACAACCAUGGAUACUCUUUUAAAUGAUAUGGCGGCUUCAAUGAAGAAGAAAUAUGAUAAAUAUUGGGGUGAACUUCAUAAAGUGAACCCAUUCUUGAUGAUAGGAGUUGUGAUUGACCCCCGAUUCAAGCUUCACAAUUUGAAGCACAUCUUUGAAGAAAUAUUUGAAAAUGAUCCUACUUGUGAUAGAUUGGUGGCUCAAAAGACAAAUGAGGUGAAACAACUUCUUAUGAAUAUGUAUGAAGUGUAUAAGCCUAGUAGUAACAAUAUGGGUGCUACUAGUACUACCAAUGAGAGUGGUGGUAGUACUAACAAUGAAACCGACUCUUCUUUGGUUUUUGGAGGUCGUAAACGAAAAACCAUGAUGGAAAAGUGGAAAAAAAUUCAACAAGAGAGUGAGAAUGUGGUUAUAACACAUGAAGUGGAUAGGUACUUGUUGGAUCCACUUGAAUCCAUUGAUGAGGAGUUUGAUAUACUAGGGUGGUGGAGAAUAAAUGGGCUCAAGUAUCCUACUUUGGCAUCAAUUGCAAAGGAUGUGCUUGCAAUCCCUACUUCCACAAUAGCUUCGGAGUCUUGUUUUAGCACAAGUGGGAGAGUGAUUGACUCGUUUCGAAGCUCAUUGUCUCCUAGGAUGGUUGAGGCUUUGAUUUGCUCUCAAAAUUAGAUAAGGUCCGAAGAUAUAUCUUCAUUGCAAUAUGUGCCAAGCAUUGAGGAGAUGGAGUUCUAUGAAUCAAUUGAAAUGGAAAUGGGGAGUAAAACAUCCAUGACAAAUUUGAAUAAGACUCUCCCUUCUUAGUGUGAUUAAGAUAUGUUGGAAGGUUGCUUUGUGAAGGCUUUUGGAAGAAUGGAUGCAGCAUAUUUUUUGCAAGGAUAUUAUCU